AGCUACAAACGCCUGCUGCCGCGGAAACAGCCAAUAGGAAUAAAGAAACAGCAACACUUCCUGUUUCACGAGGAGAGAGAUACUAUGAUGUGAAUAUUAUUAUCAAAGGGUACCCCAUUAUGAUUUAGACAGCUUUUCAUUCAUUUCUACUCGCUGAAUGAAACAGCGGGGACACCCCACCUGAGCCGUUUGACGGUUUAUGAGAGGAAGCUCAAGGUUCCCAGUGCACCACCAUGCCUGUCUCACUGCUGUGGGCGGUGGAUGUGUACGGGCGGGUCUACAGCCUGUCCACGGCGGGGCAGCUGUGGGAGCAGUGCCAUGAUGCCCAGAUGGAGUUCAAGCGGGUGACGGCAGCUCAGCAGUGCUGCUGGGGCAUCGCUUGUGACAACAACAUUUACCUGAAUGUCCACGCUUCUGACCUGCCAGUCCGCUAUCAGGAGGAGACCUACGAGAAUCAACGAUGGAAUCCAAUUGAUGGUUUCUCAGACCGUUUGUUGCCAAGUGACCGCUGGCAGUGGAGUGAUGUCACGGGUCUGCAACACCAACCUCUGGACAACUUCCGUAUUCCCUCUGACAGCUGGGAGUGGGAGGGUGACUGGUACGCAGAUGAAAACUUUGAGGGUGAGCCCACAGAGAAAGGGGGAUGGACCUACGCUAUUGACUUUCCUGCCACCUACACCAAAGACAAGAAGUGGAACUCCUGUGUCCGUCGCAGGCGAUGGCUCCGUUACAGGAGGUACAAAGCCAUGGACACCUGGGCUAAGAUCCCCCCACAGCAGACAACUCUACCAGAUCCUUUCAGCGACAUCAGUUGUGGAGGUUGGGAGAUCAAUGAGGAGCCCAGGGGCCGGCUGUCACUGUGGGCUGUGUCCCUGCAGGGCAAGGUGUGGUUCAGAGAGGGAAUCUAUCACCACAAUCCUGAGGGCUCUUUUUGGGAGGACAUCCCUCUCCCCGGGGAGGUGGUCCAGAUCAGUUGCGGGCCGGGGGAUCUGGUCUGGGCGGUGCUGUGGGAGGGGCAGCUCAUGGUCAGGGAAGGCAUCAGCAGGGACUGCCCAAAAGGUACCACCUGGGCGGUGGUGGACUCUCCCAAUCCGGAUGUGGGAGCCACACAUGUAGCCGUGGGAAACAAUGUUGUUUGGGCUUUGACCAAGGACAACAAAGUGUGGUUCAGACGUGGCGUGAACUCCCACAACCCCUGUGGCUCCGGCUGGAUCAGCAUGGUGGGAGAAAUGAUCAUGAUCAACGUCGGACUCAACGACCAGGUGUUGGGUAUCGGCUCCCAGGAUCGGGCGGUGUACUUCCGACAAGGUGUGACCUCUAGUGAAUUGAGUGGGAAAACCUGGAGGGCCAUCACCGUCCCCCGAGACGGAGACCGAUCCCACUCCAGUGCCAGUGCAGGCAGCCUGCAGAGUGCUGGAUGUUACUUCUGUGGUGAGGUGCGUGCUCAGUCAGUAGUGAGUGAUGUGGAAUCAGACACAGAGAAAGGAUCUACGGAUGGAGCCAGCUGCCUCGUGGCCUCCAGCUCACCAGAGUCCUUUGUUGAUGCCCCCACAGACCACUCUGACCAACCCAUUGAAACCCCCAAACCUCACAUCCCCAAAGUCACCAGCGACAGCUUCAUCUCUGAACUCGUCUCUGACCGAGAACCAGGAAAGACCUCAAGAGAGGGCGUUCCUGCUGGUCCAGCUGUUCUGGAGGAGGAACCCUUCCCCGGGGAAGAAGAGAUCAAAGCCCCCUGUGCGGGUGUAGCUAUUUCCCCUAGCCAGUCUGGAGGUCCUCUUGACCCCCAGUGGAGUAAUGUGGAUCUAGAGGAGGCGCAGGGCCAUCCGGUCCAGACUGGAGCAGUGCUGGACUCAGCUGACACCUGCAGCUUGUCAUCAGUGGCCACAUACACUCUGGCCAUGGAGGACCCGUAUGGGGCAGAUGAGCACCCUUUGUGGGCGUGGGUCAGUGGAGGCGGCUGCUCUGUGGACAGUCACUCCCAACUCAACUGGUUCAACUGCUCAAUGAACGCUUCAUCAAUGGUCCAGUCAGUCCAGUCGAUGAAUCUGUCUGUCACCCCAGCCCAGACGGCAGCCUGGCGAAGACAAAUCUUUGAGCAACUCAGUGAGAGGACCAAAAGAGAGAUAGAUAAUUUUAGACAUUAUGAACAGGCCAUAGAACAGUCUGUGUGGGUGAAGAAGGGAACCAUGCAGUGGUGGAGAGACUGGAAGCCACACAAGUGGAUAGAUGUUCAUUUUGCCCUGGAGCAGUUCUCAGGAUCAGAGGGCAACAAAGACGGCAUCCUCUUCAUCUAUUACAACUUUUAUGAGGAGAAGAAGUACCUGCAUGCCUUCAUUAAUGAGGUCACCAUCCUGGUUCCUGUGCUAAAUGACUCCAAACACUCUUUUGCCAUCUACACUCCUGAGCGGACCAAACAGAGGUGGCCAAUCAGAUUGGCAGCAGCCACAGAGCUAGAGAUGCAGGACUGGCUGGCGUUGUUGAGUGACUCGUGCUGCGACUCACGGGUGAUCCAGGGUCCUCCCUCCAAACAGGCCAUCUGGUCGGUCACCUGUAAAGGAGACAUCUUUGUCAGUGAGCCCUCUCCUAGUCUGGAGGCCAUGCCUUACCCCUCACCCUGCGACCAGAUGUUCUGGCGACAGGUUGGAGGUCACCUACGUGUGGUGGAGUGCAACAGUGUUGGCAUAGUGUGGGGGAUUGGCUACGACCACACUGCCUGGGUCUACACCGGGGGUUAUGGAGGAGGCAUCUUCCAGGGACUGUCCAGCAGCACAGAUAACAUUUACACACAGGUGGAUGCCAAGAGUGUCUACAUCUAUGAGAACCAGAGGUGGAACCCUGUCAGUGGCUACACCAACAGAGGGCUCCCUACAGACCGCUACAUGUGGAGUGAUGCAUCAGGACUACAUGAGUGCACAAAAACAAAUAUGAAACCCCCCUCCCCUCAGUGGACAUGGGUUUCUGACUGGGCUAUCGACUACAGUGUGUCUGGGGGGACAGACAGAGAAGGCUGGCAAUAUGCAGCUGAUUUUCCAGCGUCAUAUCAUGGUUAUAAAACGCUGAAGGACUUUGUGCGUCGCAGGCGAUGGGCCAGAAAGUGUAAAUUGACCACCACAGGACCCUGGCAAGAGAUUCCACCUAUAUCACUGAGUGAUGUGACCAUUCUGCCGUGUGCAGCUCAGAGCAGUGUGGACGUGGUUCCUCUGUGGGCGAUCAGCAACAAGGGAGACGUGCUCUGCCGACUGGGAGUCACCACACUGACACCUGCUGGAUCCUCGUGGCUCCACGUGGGGACUGACCAGCCUUUCAAGUCCAUCUCCAUUGGAGCAGCCAGCCAGGUUUGGGCUAUCGCCAAGGACGGUUCUGCCUUUUACAGGGGAUCGGUCUCUCCACAGAGCCCGGCAGGAGACUGUUGGUACCACAUCCCCUCCCCGGCCAAACAGAAGUUGAAGCAGGUGUCCGUCGGGAGGACAUCAGUCUACACUGUAGAUGAAAAUGGUAACCUGUGGUACCGGCAGGGUGUGACCCCCAGCUACCCUCAGGGCUCCUCCUGGGAACACAUCUCUAAUAAUGUACGCAAGGUGUCUGUAGGGCCUCUGGACCAGGUGUGGAUCAUAGCGGACAAAGUGCAGGGCAGCCAGAGUCUGAGCUGUGGAACAGUGUGCCAUCGACUCGGAGUCCAACCUAUGGAGCCUAAAGGACAGUCGUGGGACUACGGCAUUGGGGGUGGAUGGGACCACAUCACAGUGAGAGGGAACUCAAUGGAGCCGCCUCGCAUCCAUCUUCCCUCUCUGACCGCCCCAGCCCCUCAGAGCCCCCUCCCUGUCAGGAACAAGGAAGUCAACGGCGAUGCUGUGGGAUGCUAGACACACACAUAAACACACAUUCUGUACAUAGCCAUCUAAAACCAUAUUACCUUUGUAGUAAUAUGUAGUUUUGGUUUGAAAGUACUUCUAUUUUUAACACUGGAGUAGCAGCGAUGUUGAUUCAAGUCCAAACUCUGGAGAACAGCCUUUAGUCUUCACAUCACUGCAGUCAGCGUAACAGAAAGUUAGGACUUUUGGACUUUGAGAAAAAAACGUAAAAUGCUGAGCUGAAUCCGUCUCCUUUUCUCUGGAGAUUUUUAAUCUUUUGACCCAAAUGUUGUUCAUUUUUACUAAACUGUGCGGGCAUUUCUGUC